GAUAAGACCAAUGCACAAGUAUUAAUAAAUCGCAAAAAACCUGCUCGCCAUCAUUGAGUUUGAAAUGAAAUUACUGCUAGCUUGUCUGAUGCUCGCAAUUCGCGGAUCAUUUCCACAAAAAUUGUUGGAUCCGAAUUGCGUGGAGAGCCCUAGUGGUGAACAAAUAUAUGGCGGUGAAAAUGCUGAUCUUUUGAGACAUCCAUGGAUGGUGCAGAUAAUUCAAGCUGGCUAUCACAUGUGUGGUGGCUCGCUGAUAACCUCUCAAUUUAUUUUGACAGCCGCUCAUUGCAAUAGCCAAUUACCCAUAAAAGUGCUGUUGGGAGGACAUAUCAGGGGCAACCCUCAGUAUACGUGCACAGAGCUUCAGUGUAAAUUAAUUAGUAAAGAAAUCGAUGUGGCAGAUAUGUUUGUGCAUCCCCAUUAUUUAGAAUACCACCAACAUGACAUCGCCCUGAUUCUAAUGGCCGAAUCUGUGCUGUUCAAUGGUAAAGCUUUAAAUGAUAUAAACAACAUAGAUCUUUCAUUGUUAAACAUUCAUUUUCAGCGCAUAUUAGACCAAUUUGUAUGAUGCAAUCUUCCUAUGUUAAGAGACAUUCGCACUCUUUGAGAUAUGUCAAAGAGUUCAAAGUAACUGGCUGGGGAAAAACGGAAUCGUCGGAGAGCAGCUCAAGGCUUAUAUUAGCUUACUUAUAUCAUUUAGAUCGGAAGUUCUGCUCAGAACGCUUCAUGAGGACAAUUGGUUGGCCACAUAUCUGCGCCUACAAUAGGUUAUCUUCCACUUGCAUCGGAGAUUCUGGCGGUCCAUUAAGCGCCGAGAUGACAUGGUCCGGCAAAAAACGUCCCUUUUUGUUUGGCUUAACCAGCUAUGGGGCUCUAGGAUGUCUUGGUCCAACCGUUUUUACCAAUGUUUUACCCUACACAGAUUGGAUAGAAGAAACUAUUCAAAAGCACUUUCAAAGAACCGCCAUACUAUUUGUGUAAUCUUAUUCGUGUCCUUUAAGAAAGCUCAAAGUGACAAUUCUAUUAAUAUUAAAGAGAGUUUUAUAUAACAAACAAGAAAUGAAGCUUAAACAAAAAUAUACGACUUAGAGACACUCUGUACUCAGAUCACUGUUGCAAAAUACAAAAAUGAAUAUAGUAUAGAAUAUGUUUAUAACCCAUAUUUACAACCAGAUCCGUAGAACUCAAUUGCAUCCUAAUAAUUCUCAGAAUUCAUAUAUACAAGCCCAGACCUUUGUUCGAUUUCUUCAACGCGAUAAGCUCGACUGUGACAUGUAUUAAUAAAGGCACACGCAUUGUAAUUUACCAGUCAGCUCGUGCUUUAUUAUAGAUGCAUAUGAUGGGAGCUCGAGCAGGGGCAGUAAUGCUCGUAUUUUUACCGAUCCUCGUGAUCCUGCAGGUGCAGGGGUCACCAUAUUUGCUGGACCCCCAGUGCGCAUCAGCUAGAUCGGAUGCAGGACACUAUCGUGUGAUCAAUGGUAGUCACGCAGAUUUACUGUCCAAUCCCUGGAUGGUGAUUAUAAUCGAACGUGGAAAGAUGAAGUGUGGAGGAUCGCUAAUUAACCCACGAUUCGUACUGACAGCUGCUCAUUGCAAAAGCAAAAAUGAUCGACAAUUGACAGUUCGCUUGGGGGAGUAUGAUGUGAGUCAGCGAAUCGAUUGCACAAAUUAUGGCUGCAUUCCGAAACCCAAGGAAAUCAAUGUGACUAGAACGUAUGUGCAUGGACAGUUCACCAAUUUUCACAGGAAUGAUAUAGCUCUGAUGAGGCUGGAAAAGACUGUACAGUAUGGAGAGCACAUUAGGCCGAUCUGCAUGAUCAUGGGAGAUUUGAAUUGGUCAUGGAGAGUACUUCAAGGUAUUCCAUCAUUCAACACCACUGGCUGGGGUCGCACCGAAUUCAAUACAAAUAGCCACGUCCUUCUGCAAACAACCUUGACGCACUACCAACUUGGCUACUGCUCCCAAUACUUCAAUAGGCAUCUGGACCACACCCACAUCUGCGUGGCGAGCAGCACAAGUUCCACUUGCUCCGGCGAUUCUGGAGGUCCUUUGACCGCAAGGAUCCUUUUUGGGCGGGUCAAGAGGGUCGUCCUCUUCGGGGUGGUUAGUUAUGGCUCAGGACGCUGCUUGGGACCCACUGUCUUCACAAAUGCCCUGCCCUAUGCCGUUUGGAUCGAGUGGGUCACCAGAACACUAAAUUAAUUGACUUUCAAUAUAUACAAUCACCAAUAUCUACUUCCUUAACUCGAACUUUACUAACUUGAAAAUUGUAGUUAAUUGAUUAGCAUUUGGUACGAGUUCUUGUGAGGUAACCUACUCCAAAUAUGAAGUCAGAAGAUUAUUAUGGGCCAAGAGAGCAAAGGUUUUAACCCACAUUGAGCAUAGCUAAACUAUUCAUACAUAUACUUAAAAAAACAAUAAAUAUGUUGCUUAACUCGAA